AAAAACUGACUUCCAUUGCACUUCGCCACCAGCGGAAUAGCCAGGCCCCUAGCAGCCGCUACACGGUGUCCCCUAGCCGGACUGAUUCCCGCCGCAGACCAGGCAGGUGAGACGGCGGUGGCACACCAGAAAACAGCCUACAUAACCGCUCUGGAUGCAGGAUUUACGGAUUGCUGCGCAGGAAAAAGCCCUGGAUGUGGUGAAAUCCUAAACAAAAUGCGACACAUACACACACUCACAAACCCAUGCAUAUCAUAAAUGGGCCCGUAUUGCAUUGCAACUCUACGUUUUUGCCUGUAUGACACGGCUAAAGGCGUAUAACCUCAAGUGAGGCUGGUGAAAUUAUUGUUUGGGGAAGAGUGACGCGCUCUUCACAGCAGCCCCUGCGCUGUCAGACGAGGAAGUGAGGCUUCAUACACGCCCAUUUCAGCCUGUCGACCCUGCUAAAAAGCCUAGGACCGAUCAUCAGAUAACACAGGAACACUCUUUAUAAACAUGCGCUCAGUUUCGGAUGGACUACUCUCGGAAUAACCUGCAGGACGAAGCCGAUUUCAGCAGUGUUCCCUAGUCUUGAAGGAUGGACAGGGAGCUGGUUCGUCAGAGCAAUUCAGAACAUGGGGAGGCUACCAAUGGAAUCAGCCCUCAGGCCAGCACCACAAACACUGACCCCUCCACCCCUACGACCCCCAAUCCUCCUCGACUCACCCCUAACCCCAUGCUCCUGGACUCUCCUGCACCUACACUUACUCCCACUACCUCCUCUCCUCCUCCUCCUCUAACCCCUGCUCCCUCCAUCUCUGCUACCCAUGGGCCAAAAGUGGCGGCAGCGGCAGCUAAUACUCCAUCUCCUCACGUCCUCAUCCCUGCUCCUCCUAAACUCACCACCACCGCAACUCCAGCCCUUCGCACAUACUCUCGCCCGAUCCUUCCUUCCUUGUCAGGCACCUCCAAAGCAUCUCCUACCGUGCAAAGCUCCUCUUCUCCUCUUGCUUCUUCUUCUUCCUCUCCUGUUGUAGCCAACACAGCUUCGCCUCUCCUGUCUUCUUCUCCAUCUUCUUCUGCAAUGCACAGCAACCCCACCAUGUCAACCAAGAUCUCCACAAGCCUGACCAAUGGGAACACCAGACCUGUAUCCACACCGACCUCCACACCAAUAACACCCUUUCACACACCAGCCAGUCCACCUGGCAGACAGGUAUCCCAGGCUCAUCCCGUGGGCACACCUGGUCUUGUGCGAGCCAAUCAGAGCCCCUCCCCUGUCAGGCAGCGGGUAUCCCAGCAGACAUUGCUCCUAGGGAAAGGUCUCAAAGGGUCUGGCCAAGACCAGGUGCUGCUUAGAGCUCAGAUGUUGAUUCUUACAUCUGCUAUGCGACCUGCCCAAUCAUCCUCCUCUUCCUCUUCCUCCUCUUCUUCCUCUACUCCUUCCUCUAACCCUGCUUCCACUCAGCUCCAAAGUCUCACCUUAAGGCCACCUCCCCCUGGGGCCCUCACCAUCCCACCUUCCCUCCGCCUCAAGCCCCCCUCCUCAGCACUGCCUCCUCUCUCUCGCCCUCAUGCCACUCUCUUCCCCCCUCUGAGGCCACGGCCGCACCCAAGCACCACAGCAACAGAGAGCCCGACUACACCAAGCCGCCACCUCUCCGUCCCUCCUCCAACUCUCUACUCUCCAGUCCGAGCCGUCCCUCUGAGACCCAGACUUCUUUCUCCUAAUGGUCACCGAGCAGCCUCACCUCGACAAGCCUCCACACUCCAGUCAAUCGCUGCAGCACCUGCAAGUCAGGCCCCUCCAAUCAGUAGGCCGCUGGGUGGACCGAAGAACUGUCCGUUAACUCAAACUGUGCUCAGUUCCAGCCAGUCCCAGCACAGCCCACUAUCUGUCGCCAAUGCCUUGCCAGCCACGUCGCAUUUUGAGCACUCGUCGUCUGCUGCCAGGCAGCUUCAGAUCAUUGCACUCUCUUCGGGUCGACAGCCGCAGUCGAACACAUAUACCCACACUUCGGUGCCUCUAGCUGUGGAGUCACCUGAGCUAUCCAGCCAGUCAAAGAGGACUUUGAGCGGUGAAGGCAGGCUUCCUCUUCUUCUAAACCCCUCUCUGCCAAAAGCCACCUCUCCCCUGCCUUCGCCUCCAUCUCUCCUGGGUUCAGCCUCUUCUCUGUGUCAAGCCGUCCCACAAACACAAACUCUGAACCAAAAAGCAGGGGUGAAGGGUAGUGAAGAGCAGAAAGAGAGGGAACAACUUGUAAGACAAGGAAUAACAGAUAAAUGGAGUAUCAGUAAAGAGUCACGUGUGGAGAAUGAUGAUCAAAAAGGGAAAGUGAAGGAGGAGAAGCCAACUGAAAAGGAUAUCUGUCCAAAGGAAAAUAUAGUUGGAAAAGGAAGAGAGGAAGAACAAAUGGAAGUGGUAGAGGAAGGCCAACUUGACGAAGAGAGGAGAGGGGAAUGUAAGGAGAAGAAAAUGGAGGAGGAAAAGGAAGGAGAGACGCCAAUGGAGCAGUCAGAGAACCCAGUCAGCCACGUUCUCCAUCAGGACCAGGACACAGUUCCUAUCCAAGCAGCUGAUGCCAUUAAAGACUCCAGUGUGGAACUGAAACCCAUCCCCGGCUUCAUCUCAGUUCCGCUUCCAGUCCAGGCUCCUUUGCCAGUCCCGAUCCCAGAGGUUUCCAUCCAGAGUCAGAAGCUGCCAGAGCUCCAUCGAGACCUGCAGCCCAUCAGCCAGGAGGACUUCUGUGAGAACAUGUCGAGCCAGUCUGACAAUCAGUCAGCGUUGUCCAGCCUCUCCUCCCAGUCUCCCCCGUCUUCACCAUUCAUGACCCCCUCAGCAGAAAACCCUCCUUCCUACCUCCCGGUACAAACCACCCACCCGACUGACUUCAGCCUUCCGCAACAUGAGACAGAAAAAGACGAAAAGACGGUCGUCGAUUCGCAGCACCUGGCUGUGAUGGAACGUGAGGCAGAAACCCUUGGCCUAUCAGAAGAUGAGUCAGAGAGCUUUGGCCAAUCGCUGGGCAGCCCCUGGGAGCCAAAGGCAUGGCCUGAGGGGCGACAGGUUCUAACUCACCUGGUGGAGGGAUUUGUCAUCCAGGAGGGCCUCCAACCUUUUCCUGUGAACCGCUCAUCCCUAUUGGUUCCAGAACAGGUGACCAAACCACAGGAAGUGAACGGGAUCAAUGGGAGAGCGCCAUUGCCAGUGACUGACAUGACAAAACAAACUGAGCACUCCACAGAUUCAGAGGAAGAUGAGGGAGGAGACACAGACGAUGCUGGGACCAGGUCUGGCCACCGGGACCGAACAGUGCUGCACUGCCAGUUCUGUGGGAAGCGCGGUCACGCGCACAACUUCAUGCGUUCCAAGCGCUUCUGCUCCACUUCCUGUGCACGCGGGUUUAAUGUUCGUUUGACGAAGCGUCUGCGGGCUCUGAGCACAGGCAGCCGAUCAGAGAGGCCUCGUCCAGCUCUGAACCGAGCAGAGUCAGUCCCUGGGAAACCUCUGCUGCUGAGGCUGCCUCGAGACCUCUGGAGUGCUGGUCGGCGUGAAAAGGAGGGAAAGGAGAAGGUGGUGGUGGCAGGGGAAGACGAGGAGGAGGAACAGGGGGACCUAGGGAGAGGUGGAGAAGAGGAAGACGACGAUGGCGGAGAGGAGGAUCCUGCUGUUGCCAUGGCAGCCAGAGUGGAGCGUCGAGCUGCACGGAGGGCGAGGAGGGCGUCUGCGCCCACUGUGACCACCUCCACACCUACCACCACGUUCAAGCCUGCCCCCUCCCACUGGAGUGUGGAGGAAGUGACCGCCUUCAUACACACACUGCCAGGUUGCAGUGAUGUGGCGGAGGCCUUCCGGCUGCAGGAGAUUGAUGGUCAGGCUCUGCUUCUGCUGACUGAGGACCAUCUGAUGACCAGCAUGAACAUCAAACUGGGACCUGCUCUCAAGAUCUGUGCUCACAUCAAUGCACUGAAAAACCAAUGAGAGUUAAAAAAGAGAAAAAUAGACAGAAAUAAAUAAAUAAAUAAAAGGUCAGGGUUAAUUUGUCGCAAGGAAUAAAGGCAAUAAAGACAAAACAAAAAUCAGUGGAAAACAAAAGCUGACACCAAGGAUGACAGAACAAAGUCACAAAAAGAGAUUCAAUUUAUAGUUUAUGAGAUUAUAAAUCAAGGUGUGGCCUUAGUAGACGGUAACAGGGGAGGAGUGCUGAAGCACGAAUAUGCCAGAGUCCGUUUGAAAUGUCAUCAUUUUUGGACCCUCUGACUGUAGCAGGAGAUCUGUGCAGGGGGUGGGUGAUUUUUGUAACUUUGUGAAUAUUUUACAUGAUGCUGGAGAGUGUACAUUUGAAGCUAUUUCAUGAAGGAUUUUGAACAUUUAAUAUAUGAAAUUUGUCUAUUUAGUUUUUUUAGAACGUGACGUCAGUUACAAAUCUAUCCAGUAGCUUAACAUAACCAGUGUGUGUGAAAGAAAAAAAUAUAUAAUAAUACGUAGACUUUGUAAGUGAUUGAUGAAAGCUUAAUGUUUUAUAUCACUAUAUUCUGGACAAAAAGCUGUCUGUGGAUUAAAAAACAAAAAGUCACUAUCAGGGUAGAGGCUGGUGUCUUUAGUUGUCACAUUUUUAUGGUAUCCUGCUUGAAAUUAUUUAAUAAACGAAUAAUCAAAAGGA